AUCCAGUUUGUUGAGAGGAAGGAAGGAGCGCUGUGGGAGAAGACGCAUGAAGAGACGGACAACGAUAUUCGACAGUCGAAUGGAAAUGGACGUGUUGGUGAAAUAUCGUUGAAUGAUGAAAUGCUGAAUGAAGAAAUGAAGACUGCAUGA